AUGGAAGUCAACCCCGCUGAAGGCCACAAGCACAAGUCAAAGCGCAAAGAACACAAAGACCCCGACCGCCGUUCUAAGAAGCGUCACAAAGAUAGAGAUGAAGACGGAAAUCGACGGCACCACAAGAAGACGAAGAGGGACUCGGAGGCCAAGACGGAUGGCGUUCGCGUCGUAGACGACGACGACGGCGACGACAUGUGGGUGGAGAAGGAUAUUGGUAUGGGCGGCGAACCGACUGAUAUCCCAACUGCCGAAUCUCUGAAGAUUACUUCGAGUGCUAUGCCAAAUGAAUCCACACCUCCACUACCUUCUAAUUUGCCGACAGAGUCAAAAAUGAAACGAGACGAGUGGAUGCUGAUGCCAUCCGAACCGUCGACAAACAUGUCAGUAGACGACCCGUACGACGGAUACGGAGAGUCAUCCUCCGGACAGAGAACCACGAGUGGUGGUGUGGAUUUCUUCUCAAGCCUGGGUACAGAGCGUAAGAAGAAGAAUCCUAAAGAAAACAGACCUGAUCCAGACAAGCUUGUGAUCAGUUCCAGGGAGCUCAACCAGGAAAUGAUUAGUGGGACACCGGUGAAAUCCGGCGCACCACUACCGCCCCCCAAACAAGCUAUCACACCAGGCGGCCCUGGCUCGCAGUGGCGAAUGAUGCGUUUAAGACGUGUUUACGAGUCCGCUGAGGAAGAUGGCACGCCUAUCGAACAGGUUGCGCUUGAGAGGUUCGGCUCUCUUGAGGCUUUCGAAGAAGCGAAAGAAGAAAGACGGAUUCUUGACGAAAGGGAAGGGAAACGGGGUCAAAGGGGGAGAGACUCAGAGCCUCGGUCCAGAGGUUCUGAAGGAGAAAAGCGGUUCCUGUUCAACGAUGUCGGUGUCAGCGGCGGGUCAAGCCGCAGUUCCUCCUUCCGUCGCCCAGGUGGACGAGACGACAGUGCUCCAUCAACGCCCGCACCAAUGGGUCAAGCUGCUAACAAGAGACUGGAUUCUUUACGAUUGCCAUCACAGGCUGCGUCUCCUCUAGCCCAAUCCCAUACUCCUAUACCGACCACAAUGACUCCCCCUGCACUUGGGAAAGGACAAAGUCGUGCAUUGUCCCCAUCGUCAUUGAAUCGCCUUCAAGCCAAAGUCUUACGCGCCAAGCUAAUGAAUGCAUCUGACGCAGAUACGCUGGAGAAGCAGUAUCAGACCGAGCUUCGACGGUCACAAGGCAUCGUUGAGGACGGAGAGGGUAACCGGACAAAGGUGGAGUUACUCCCUACACUGGACGGUAGAGGGCGUAUGUACGAUGUUGGACAUGGUGCUGCCGACACUACACAAAUGCCUGGUAAUCGAAAGAAGAAAGAGAAGGUGGAGACACGAGAUCCCAAGACGGGCGAUAUCGUUCGGUACAACGCUGAUGAUGAUUCGAUGACACUGGGAGAAAUGCUGCGUCAAGAGAAGCUGUCGGCCGGGAUGGCCGACCAGAAAAAUCUCAACGCCCAGUUUGCUCGGGCCAUAGCUACAGACGGCGGAUUUAAGAAUGAUCUUGAUUACAUGGACGAUAAUGCGGAUAAACUCGGCCGCCAAAAAAUGCGUUCGGAUGCUCUGAAGCGCCAGUUUGCUAUUCAUGAUUAUAAACGGACACAGAAAGCUUUAUCGUCUUGUCAAUUUUGUUAUGGAGAAGACGAUAGCCUUCCCAAAGCUCCUGUCAUAGCCAUGGGAACUCGUGCCUACCUUUCAUGUACCCUUACCGAAGAGCUUGUCCCUGGCCACUGUCUCAUCGUCCCCAUUCAACAUCACCUCGCCAUGCUUGAAGGCGAUGACGAUCUAUGGGAUGAAGUUCGAAACUUCAUGAAGUGUCUUAUGCGUAUGUUUGCGGAGGAAGAUUCUGGUGUUGUUUUCUAUGAAUCCGUCAUUUCGUUCAAGCAGCAAAGGCAUACGUUCAUCGAGUGUGUGCCAAUGCCAUGGGAGUCGUUUGAACUAAUUCCAGGAUACUUCAAAGAGUCUAUCUUGGCCUCUGAGGCUGAGUGGUCCCAGCACAAGAAGCUUAUCGAUUUCUCCGCGCGCCCUGGUGGGUUCAGACGAGCCAUGGUCCCCAAUCUACCGUACUUCAUGGUUCAGUUUGACUACAAGGGCGAGAAAGGUUACGGCCAUGUUAUAGAAGGCGAGGGGGAAGGCGUGGAAAACGAAGAUGACUACGACGAAGGUGCAAAGGGUGGCGGUGAAUUCCCUCCGUACUUUGCGGGGGAGAUCAUCGGCAAUGUCUUGGAGGUUGAACCUCGAAAGUGGCGACGGCCGCGACGGAUAGACUCCCGAGGAAACAAAGAACGGGUCGCACAAAUAAAACAGAAGUAUGACAAGUUUGACUGGACAAAUAUGCUUGGGAGUGGCCCGUAG